AUCCACAAAAUUUUGGACUAGCUUUUCAGUUCAAUUGAAGAAAAUGGCGGGUUUUGUGAUGUUAAAUCCAAGUUCAGUGUUGCUGAUCUAUCUAUCUCUGACUACGAUCACAUUUGUAAUUUCUCGCUUGGACAAUUCUCAAAUGAUUUGUACAGAUAAACCCAACGGUUUAAUAAGUGAGUUACAGAAGAUGAAACUGAAGUCGGCUCAAUUAGAAUCUAUCUUGGAGGAAAGAAUCGAACGCUUAAAUGUUAAAAUGCAUAAUGUUGAAGAAAAGAAGAAGUUAAUUGAGGAGAUGGACAUUAAGAUUCAUUCUUCGCAAACUGCUUUGAUUAGUAUCAAGAAAGAGGCAGCAUUACCAAUGGAAAGGGUUAAUGCGCUUGAAGAAGAGGUCAGACUUCUUUGGGCAAAUACAAGAAAGAACAACUUUGAUCUUCAUAGUUUGGAAACUGAAGUGCACGAUAUGGAGGCAAAUCUAGAAGUGCUGACUUCCGAAAUUGAAAAGGCUAGGAGUAUUGUAACAGAGCAAUGGAUCCAGAUUCAGCAACUUGACCAGGCCCUACAAGUCACAGAAAUCAGGAUUCUUAAGGCUAAAAGUAAAACAGGGACCACCAAAUGCACAUUCACAAAGUUCAUCAAGGAAAUUUUGGAACGCCAUCAUCAAAAACUUACUACAAUUCUGGAACCAAUUUUCCUUACCAAGGAGUCCUUUCAGAAGUCUCACAUGUCUCAAGCUCUAUACAGUUUAAAAGAAUAUCAUCAUCAGCUGCAACGGUUUGUCAAACAUGAAAUGGAAAGGAAUGAAUUUACAGCAACUAUUGCCAACCAGGAAGUGGUCUUCUUUUUGGCUUCUGCUCUUGUUACAUUUCCGAUACUGACUGCAUGGAUGUUGCUCGCAUCACAAUUUAGCUAGCAAUACUGAAAAUUUGUUGAUCCAAUCUAGGAAAUGAAAGGAAGGAGAAUGGUGUAAUUAGUGAACAAAAAAAGGAUAUACUGGUAGGGGUAGCCAUUUUGCAGUAGGUACCCCCGUCUCAGUUUGAGAGGUUGUAAAUCUUAAAAGACAAGAUUUCUCUAAUUGUAGAAACGUUCUAGUUCAGAUCUUUCUUUUGGACACUCACUUUUGAAAUCAUUUUCAAUUUUUGUUAACUAUAGUAGUUUAUUUCCAAUGUUA